UUAUUGAAUAGAGUAACACAUAAUUUGUAUGGCAAGACUUAAAUCAUAUGACAGUCUGUCUGCCCAUUGUACUUGUAGAGAUUUUUCAGUCGAUAAAAAUGGCUGUGAAAAUGGUAGUUUUCUGGUGUUCCCUUGUCCUCUUUAUAGUCGGCUCAAAUGCCGCUGGAGAAUUCGACGUGAUUCACAGCCCAAAAUCCCUAAGUUUUUUUGGAUCCAGUAAAAUACCUGAAAGUCUCUUGAAAGAAGUGUUUUCCGCAGCUUUGGGACUGUCGGUUGAAGAGGGUACUGAAUGGGAUGGCAUGACCAUCCUCGAUCCAUUCGCUUUACCUGAAGCUGUAGUAGAAGUGUACGUAGAUGGAGUCCCCAGCCUUGGUGAGACUAUUGGGCUUAAAUCUAAUGCCUUCCCGUUGACUGUGGAUGAAUAUGAGCCUGAUACUUUUGAAGCUGUUCAGCACAGGAUUCAGCAACGCUUCAGCAAUGGACGCAGUAGGCUCCUCAAGAUCAAGCUUGCUGAUGUGAAUCAGUUAUCAUCAGGGGUGUUUGCAGACAUCAAAGUACCCAAGGUUCUUAAGCUGCCCCUGAGUCAUUUAAAAUACUCAGUGGAAGAGGAUAGUGCAUUCCUAAACGAGCUUGCAGCAUUGAAGGCUAUCACUGAAAAGGUUAAUUCUGGUAUUGUCUCAGGGGACAACAUCGUCGAUUUUUACAACUUCCGCUUCCAAUCGCUCCACGCCUUGUCCGACUUCCACGGCCCCAACUCUUUACAAGUCAAGGAAGCCAAAAAGCUUUUAGGCUCGGCUAUCUCGGAGCUGAGCUCGGGGUUCGCCGCGGCGUACGACGGCGCGGCGCUGGUGGCGGCCGUGGCCACCGACGUGGCGCACACGCGCCGCACCGCGCGCGCCGCGCCGCCGCCGCCCGCGCAGCAGCAGCGCAGCUUGAGUUCUGAAGACAGCUACUCCGAAGACUACUCUGCCAUCUUCAACAUCAUCUUGUGGUUCGGGCUUGUGUUCGCGUUCGCCCUGGUGGCCAUCGUGUACGCCAUCAUGGACAUGGACCCCGGCAGGGACUCCAUCAUCUACCGCAUGACUAGCACCAGGAUGAAGAAGGAUAAUUAGAUCCUUGUUGUUACACAUGUGUAUCUUGUUGUUAGUUCGUGCAGUGUGAAUUUACCGUUAAUCUUUAACCGCCAAUAAGAAUUUUUAAGUCUGCUAAGGCUGGUAAUUUAAAACGCCAUCUCAUAUCUAAUGUCAGGGUGGUUAAAAGAUUAUUGUAUUUGCCGCGCACAUCCUGUUACUCAACUUCUAUAGGGUAUGCAGUUCUAUAUAUAGAAUGGGUUAAGUUCCUACCAACGCACUUAAUCCUUGUGGCUGAAAAUGUUCUUGUUUCUUAACAAAUAAUUGUUAUUUGUACAAAAUAAGUAUAACUUAGAGUUAUAGUAGAGUUAAAAAAAAAACUUAAAAGGAAUAUUAUUUAUUUGCGAAUAUGUAGUUAUAAAUAUAAAUUCUAAUCGUUUAUUUGCUAUAUUUAUUCGAUAUGAUAUGGUGUUUUUGUCGUAUUAUGUUUCGUUAAACCUGUCUUUAUUUUAUUUUUUCAAACAGUAUUAAAUUUACACAUGAUACUUGUUGCUGCGCUUGUCCUUGUUCGUAAAAUAAAUAUAUACAUUCCUCCUAAAA